AUGUCUUCUGCUCCAUGUCUUAGCUUACUGGUGCUCGUGGCAAUGGCCUCCGCGGCGUCGGGGCAGCUGUCGCCGACGUUCUACCUCACAUCGUGCCCGAGCGCGCUGUUCAUCAUCCAAACCGCGGUCCAGGCCGCAGUGAACAGCGAGCCCCGCAUGGGGGCGUCGCUGGUCCGGCUGCACUUCCACGACUGCUUUGUCGAUGGAUGUGACGGGUCCGUUCUGUUGGUGGACACCGGGAGCUUCGUCGGCGAGCAGGGAGCUGCUCCCAACGCCGGUUCCAUUCGAGGCAUGAACGUCAUAGACAACAUCAAGACCCAGGUCGAGGCCGCGUGCACGCAGACCGUCUCCUGUGCCGACAUCCUCGCCGUCGCUGCCCGUGACUCCGUCGUUGCGCUGGGAGGGCCAACAUGGCCUGUUCUUCUCGGGAGGAGGGACUCCACCACCGCAAGCAAGACCAAUGCAGAAAAUGACCUUCCACCUCCAACUUUCGACCUCCAAAACCUCACAACCUCGUUCGCCAACAAGCAGCUCAGCCUGACAGACAUGGUUGCGCUCUUAGGCGCCCACACGCUCGGACAAUCGCAGUGCCGGUUUUUCAGGAACAGGAUCUACAACGAGGCCAACAUCAACACGGCCUUCGCGACGGCGCUCAAGGCAAACUGCCCCCAGUCCGGCGGCGACAGCAGCCUAGCGCCGCUGGACACAGCGACGCCCAACGCGUUCGACAACGCCUAUUACAGCAACCUGAUUUCCCAGAAGGGGCUCCUACAUUCGGACCAGGUGCUGUUCAACGGCGGCGGCGCCGACAACACAGUCAUGAGCUUCGCGUCCAGCGCGGCGACAUUCAACAACGCCUUCGCAACGGCCAUGGUGAAGAUGGGGAACAUCGCGCCCAAGACGGGGACGCAGGGGCAGAUCAGGCUCGUCUGCUCCAAGGUCAACUCGUAA